AUGGUGUUUGUACAGAAACCGUUUGAUGAGCUGACUGUUAAUUCGAGCCAAAAAAAGCGAGUUGCAUACUUUUACGAUGCAGAUGUCGGGAACUAUGCGUAUGGCGCUGGCCAUCCGAUGAAGCCUCAUCGGAUAAGAAUGACGCAUUCGCUAAUUAUGAACUACGGGCUAUACAAAAAGAUGGAAAUAUACCGUGCAAAGCCCGCGACGAAGCAGGAGAUGUGUCAAUUCCACACAGACGAGUAUAUCGACUUUCUCUCGCGAGUAACGCCUGACAACCUGGACAUGUUCCAGAAGGAGAGCGUAAAGUUCAACGUGGGGGACGACUGCCCAGUGUUUGAUGGGCUGUAUGAGUACUGCAGUAUAUCGGGCGGAGGCUCAAUGGAGGGGGCGGCGCGGCUGAACCGCGGCAAGUGCGAUGUUGCCAUUAACUAUGCGGGCGGGUUGCACCACGCGAAGAAGUCGGAGGCGUCGGGCUUCUGCUACUUGAACGACAUUGUCCUGGGUAUCAUUGAGCUGCUGCGCUAUCAUCCGCGCGUGUUGUACAUCGACAUUGACGUACACCACGGCGAUGGCGUGGAGGAGGCCUUCUACACAACGGACCGGGUCAUGACUUGCUCUUUCCACAAGUACGGGGAGUUCUUCCCCGGAACGGGCGAGCUGCGGGACACCGGUGUGGGUAAGGGCAAAUACUAUUCUGUCAACGUCCCGUUGCGGGACGGGAUUGACGAUGCGACUUACAAGUCCGUGUUUGAACCGGUCAUCGGCAAGAUCAUGGAGUGGUACCAACCCUCAGCCGUGGUGCUGCAGUGUGGCGGUGAUUCGCUUUCUGGCGACCGCCUUGGUUGCUUUAACCUCUCAAUGCGCGGCCAUGCAAACUGUGUCAAUUACGUGAAGUCCUUUGGGAUCCCCAUGAUGGUGGUAGGCGGUGGAGGCUACACCAUGCGGAACGUGGCACGCACAUGGGCCUUCGAAACCGGGCUGCUGAAUAAUGUGCUUCUGGACGAAGAACUCCCCUACAACGACUACUAUGAGUACUACGGGCCCGAUUAUAAGCUCGAUGUCCGCCCGUCGAAUAUGUUCAACGUCAACAGUCCCGAAUAUCUGGACAAGGUGCUCGCAUCUAUUUUCAGCAACCUUGAGCACACUAAAUAUGCACCGAGCGUACAGUUGAACCACGUCCCGAGAGAUCCGGAGGACGAAGGUGAUGUCGAAGAGGACACCUCAGAGGCUAAGGAUACGCGGGGUGGCUCGCAGUUUGCCAGGGACCAAAUAGUGGAAAAAGAAAACGAAUUCUAUUGA